UCCACGCGGCUAGGAGGCGCACCGGCUCCUCAGCAGGAAACAUCGCACUACUAUGGCGUCGCUCUGAGACCCCCUCACACGGUAGUUGUGUACAUACCUUACCGGCAAUCCGUCACCAUCGACGCCUUGAUGAUGGACCUCCGGUCCAGAGGCUUUUUUAGGGGCCAUCGGAACUACCAGUAGUACUCGUGAAGUACGAAAUUAUUUGAUUUGAGAACUGUCACUUUUGCACUUUUAACCGAGUGACAGAAGUACCACUCACUCCAUUUGCCGGCUAGCUAACCAGCUAGCUCAGUAGCCAAGAAGGGCAUCUGUUUUCUCUUGGAGUAAAAGAGCUGAGCAGCGACAAUACAUUCACGGAAAGAGGACUAGCGAGACGUGGAUUCCCCGAAUCACCAUCUAACAGCGUCGUCACAUUUUAUCCUGGCUGGCACCACAUCGCCACCCUAAUGCAGAACCAUAAAAGAACGUGAAAUGAAUAAACCACCGCAGCCUAUAACGGGACCCACCUCUGUCCCAAAUCCUGCUCCCUCCCCUGGAUUGACACAGGGUGCCUACGGACCUGGACAGGCGGCAUCACUUGUUUUUGCCACACCACCCCCCCCACAAAUGAACUCUGCAGCGCAGCCAAGACAGUUUGCAGCAGGGCCCCGUACGUUACACCAGCAGGGUGGAUACCGAGCGCUACAGGGAUACUAUCCAAACCGUCCAGCUAUGGCCACAAGUGCACCAAGGGUCCAAACAAGUAGUGGCCCUCGAACUGUAGGACCCACUCAUGUCUAUCAGCCAGGCUCCCAGAUGAUGAUGAUUUCCCAGCAGCAGCUCUCUUUCCCUGGAUCCCCUCAAGGGUACUUCAUCCCCCAAGGACAGUACCGGGCCCCCUACAUGCCACCUACUCAGCAGUAUCCUGUGACCAGUGGUACUGCAGGCUUCUACGCAGGAACGAGCCCUGCUGAAUACCCUGGCUAUGAGCCCUCUCUUGCUGCGAGGGAGAGGCGGGGUGGUGGGGGGAGAGGCGGCGGGCGAGAGAACGGCCGUCUCUCUCUCCACGGUGCUCCUCUCACCUCCCAGCGCUACCCCGCAGGAGCUUACUACCCGGCUCAGCCACAGUACUCCCAAUCUGUCCAGCCUGCACCGGUCAUGAUCAACCCUGCCCAGCAUCAGCAACAACCCCCCCCUCCGCAGCAACCACCAGCACAACCACAAGGCCCACCAAAGAGGGAACGUAAACCGGUAGUGUGUCACAACAGGGCAGCGGACCUCUUGUCUGAGAUCACAAUACGAGACCCCAACCAGGGCGGACGAGAUAUCACGGACGAGAUCAUGUCAGGUGGAAGGUCCACCUCAACACCAACUCCCCCACAGGCCAUCACAGAUUCUGGUUCAGCACAGACUAACGGUGAAGUUCUUCAGCCUGUUACACCAAUCACAAAGCAAGAUGAUAACGCAGAGCAUCUGGCCAGCGUUGAAACACUGCCUCCUCCUGCCACAGCAACCCCUGAGCCUGUGUUUGAGGCCAAAAAGGAUGUCGAUGGCCAGAAUGUCCCGGCCAUGGAAUCAGACACACUUUCUGCAGCCCCGAACCUGGCUUCUGAGGCGCCAACCCAAUUGGUGGAGGAGCGGCCAUCUCCCACUUUCCUUUCUCCCGCUGACACAUCCACCUCUGCAAUGAAAGUUGAUAAAGUCGACACUAAUGUUGGUGACAGAGUAGACGCCCCCGUCUGCCCGUCACCUUCGACCACACCAGAGGAGGAACCGCAGGUUGCCCCUGCUUCAUGUGAAAAGGCACCAGAGAAGCAAAAACUUGAGGAAAUGAAGGAAGUGGAAGAAGAGGAAGAGCAGACAGAGUGUGCUAUAUUAGAUCCUGCUGCUGAAGGCGCAGCAGCAGCAACAACAGUAGAAGAAGUAGUAGCUCCUGUUGAAAUUGUAGUAGAGGAAAUGCCUACCAAGAUCACAACUGAAGCAGCUCAGCCUCCAGUCUUGGUGCAGGAGCCUGCUGCAACACUGACCCAGAUUGCUGCUCCUGAACCAGAACCUAAACCUGAACCCACACCAGCAGAACCAGCAGAUCCUCCACUCUCUAAUGGCCUUCCUCAGGAUGUUGAGGAACUUGGUGAGGAUAUGACCUUCUCAGACGCUAAACCAGACGCGUCUCAAUCUCAGGAAUCCACACCUCCGGCUAAAACAGCAGUGCCAGUAGAAAAGGAAGAGGAAGAGGUGGUGGAAAAUAAGGAUGAGGGGAAGGCUGCAAAAAGUGAGGAUGUCCCUCCUGCCUCUGUUACCUGUCUUACAGAGGAAUCUACUAUGCAAGCUGCUACAUCUGUGCCAAAGAAGAGGAGGAACAUGAAGGAAAUCAACAAAAAGGAGGCCAUUGGAGACCUCCUGGAUGCCUUCACAGAGGAGCAAGAUGCCAAGCCUGCUUCUGAGCCCUCAUCCACUCAGGCCGACCCUGUCCCUGUUGCUUCAGCUGAACCUCCUGCAGAGGUGGCAGAUGAGACCUGGGAGGAGAAGGAAGACAAGCAUAAUGCAGAAUCUGACAGGCCAGAACCCAAAUCAGAUUCCAACGAGAAUAAAUACCAGUAUAAGGAAGAACAAUGGAAGCCGCUAAACCCCGAAGAGAAAAAGUGCUAUGACCGGGACUUCCUACUGCGUUUCCAGUUCUCCAAUGCCAGCAUGCACAAACCAGAGGGGCUGCCUGUCAUCAAUGAUGUGGUUCUGGACAAGGUGAACAAGACUCCACUGCGACCGGCUGACCCAGUUCGAAUGAUGAGUGUUGGCCCUGAUUUUACACCGUCAUAUCUGGGGAACCUAGGGAGCAGAUCAGUAGGAGGACCGCGUGGACCACCACCCGGGCCGCGGCGUUCCCAGCAGGGUCAGCGGAAAGAACCCCGUAAAAUCAUCACCAGCAUGUCGCUUAAUGACGACGUGCAGCUCAAUAAGGCCGAGAAAGCCUGGAAGCCGUCGGGCAAAAAGUCUAGUAGGGGCCCCAGCGAUGAGGACCCUGCCGCAGCCACCACAGAGGAAGAGUCUCCUGAGCAAGCCCAAACGCAAGAAAUCUUGAAACGUCUGCGCAGUAUCCUCAACAAACUGACUCCACAGAAGUUUAAGGAACUGAUGAAACAAGUGAGCGAGCUGACGAUUGACUCAGAGGAGCGGCUGAAGGGAGCUAUUGACCUCAUCUUUGAGAAAGCCAUCUCAGAGCCCAGCUUCUCUGUGGCCUACGCCAACAUGUGCCGCUGCCUUUCGGGGUUAAAAGUCCCUAUCUCAGACAAGCCAGGCUAUAUUGUGACCUUCCGCAAACUGCUGCUCAACCGAUGCCAGAAGGAGUUUGAGAAAGAUCAGGAUGAUGAUGAAUACUUGGAGAAAAAGCAUAAGGAGAUGGAGGCUGCCAAAGAUGAGGAAGAGCGUGAACGCCUGCGUGUGGAGUGGGUGGACGCCAGAGACAAGGCCCGUCGCCGCUCAUUGGGCAACAUCAAGUUCAUUGGAGAGCUCUUCAAGCUGAAGAUGCUGACGGAAGCCAUCAUGCACGACUGUGUUGUGAAACUACUGAAAAAUCAUGAUGAAGAGUCUCUGGAGUGUCUCUGCAGGCUGCUCUCCACCAUUGGCAAAGACCUGGACUUUGAGAAAGCCAAGCCUCGCAUGGAUCAGUAUUUUAAUCAAAUGGAUAAAAUCAUCAAAGAGAGAAAGACCUCAUCCAGAAUCCGUUUCAUGCUGCAAGACGUCUUGGACCUCAAAAAGAGUAACUGGGUGCCUCGUAGAGGAGACCAGGGUCCUAAAACCAUCGACCAGAUCCACAAGGAGGCAGAAAUGGAAGAGCACAGGGAACAGAUCAAAGUCCAGCAGCAGCUCAUGUCCAAAAAGGAGGCGGGAGGAGGCAGGAUGGCUAGUGGCGUUGGAGGUCGAGGCCCUCACACACCAGGAGGAGGCCGGGGCAGCCAGACCCAGGAUGAGGGCUGGAAGACAGUGGCCAUCACCAAAAAUCGCCCUAUUGACACAAAUCGCCUCAAGAUCACAAAGGCUGAUGCUACAGAUCUGAACAAUCAGCGACUGGCCCCACUGGGCAAAAGCACAUGGGGCAGCUGGGGCAAAGGCAGCAGCGGAGGAACAGGAAUCAAACCAAGUACAGACCAAGACCCUGGCCGCCCAGCUACCAGCACUGUCAACCGCUACUUUGCCUUGCAGCAGUCCAGCUCAUUGUCCUCAGACUCUGAUCGAAGAGUUCCUCAGAGGUCGAGCUCUAGCCGUGAACGAGGUGGUGACAGAGACAGAGCAGACCGCGACAGAGAUCGUUUUGACCGCUUUGAUCGUGACGACAGAAGCAAUCGGAGCCAAAUUACCAAAAGGAGCUUCAGCAGAGAAACGGAGGAGCGCGGCGGUAGGGGCGGGGACAGCCGGGCCUCCAAUGAGCCUGUGCGCCGUGUGGCCAGCAUGACGGAUGACCGGGAUCGGGGCAGCAGAGACAGGGGAAGUCGGGACAGAGGUCCAAGCAAAGACCUCCCAGUGAAGCGUGAGAGUGCCCCUACACCUCCUUCUCUCCCUAAACCCACUUUGACGGAAGAGGAGGUGGAGAGGACGUCCGCCGCCAUCAUCGAAGAGUACCUCCACAUCAAUGAUUUGAAGGAGGCACUCCAGUGUGUGGCUGAGCUCAACAGUACCGCCAUGCUCUUCGUGUUUGUGCGGAAGGGCGUGGAGUCGACACUCGAGCGCAGCACCAGUGCACGGGAACACUUGGGCAUAUUGUUGCACAGUCUCGUCAAGGCCGGGACUUUACCCGUUGUGCAAUAUUUCAAAGGGCUUUUAGAAAUCCUGGAGAUUGCUGAAGACAUGGCCAUAGACAUACCUCACAUCUGGCUGUACUUGGCUGAACUCGUCACCCCGAUGCUACUUGAGGGUGGCAUCCCUAUGGGGCAGCUCUUCAGGGAGAUCGCCAAGCCUCUCGUGCCUCUAGGCAAGGCCGGCGUGCUGCUCGUGCACAUCCUCCACAUGCACUGCAAAGGAAUGACUCGAAGUAAGGUCGGUGCCAUGUGGAAAGAGGCAGGGCUUAAUUGGAAUGAUUUCCUGUCCAAGAAUGAAGACGUCAACAAGUUUGUCACCGAGCAGAAAGUGGAGUUCACAACAGGAGAGGAGGAGGAGUCCAAAGAGAGCGCUAAGAAGUUGCUGAGCGGGGAGGAGCUCAGGCAAGAUCUGGACCGCCUUCUUCGCGAAAAGGCCAACAACCAGCGCAUCAGCGACUGGGUGGAGGCCAACCUUGACGAGCAGCAGAGAUCCUCUAACCUGUUUGUGCGUGCACUGAUGACCGCCGUGUGCCAAUCAGCCAUUAUAGGUGACCCAUACAAGGUGGACGUACGGCAGAUCAACCAGAAAGCCAACCUGCUGCGGGACUACCUGUGCGAUGAGGAGAAAGAGCUGCAGGCGCUUUACGCGUUGCAGGCUCUGAUGGUGGACAUGGAGCAACCUGCAAACCUGCUGCGCAUGUUCUUCGAUGCGCUGUAUGAUGAUGACAUCAUCAAAGAGGAGGCCUUUUACAAGUGGGAAUCGAGCAAAGAUUCCGCAGAGCAAUCGGGCAAAGGCGUGGCCUUGAAGUCCGUCACCACCUUCUUCAUUUGGCUCCGCAACGCAGAGGAAGAGUCUGACAAGGACUGAAGUUUGGAGCUUGAACACUGCUGCCCCCUUUUGGAAAGGGCAGAGGGCGGUGUGGAGAUUCAAGGGCAAUAUUGCCAGAGGCAGACUCAAAUCAGUCCUCAGUGAGGAUAAAUAUCUUUGUUUUGUUUCUUUGAGGGAUGGACUCAAAACAAUCAAUUCUCUCCUCCCUUCCCUCUCUAACUUACUCAUUGUUUCCCCACUUGCUUUCGACAGCAAGUGUCCUGAUGUAAUAAACUUGAAAAGUAAUUUAGCAGGAUUCCCACAUCACUGAAAUGUUUUUCCUCCAUACCGCAGACCGACAGGCUGUUUUUUUUAAUGGUUGCGCAUUAAUCUGCCUGAUCUGAGAUGAGUCCAUGUUGUUGUGGGUCACCAGCAUGACUCAAGUGUUGAAGUUUCUAAUCAUGGAUGAAAAAGUCACGGCCGACGAGGAGCGUUUACCUUUUUGAAGGGUGGCGUUUCAAGUCCAGCUUCUCUUCCUGGGAGGACAAAGCACAGUGGACUGACCUUUUGACCUUGAUUGCUAGGGUGUGAUCUCAAUGCAGCCUCUCAGCCCUCCUCUUCAUCCCCAGUGGUGAAGCACACCGACUGACUCUUAUUUGUUGUUACCGCUGCUGUGGAGGACUCUUAACGACCCAAUCGCCAUUAAAACUUGAAAUCUACAGAAAUUGACUUGAUGAAUUAUAUAAAGUUAAAACAGAAAAUAUCCGGAAAUCUUUUCUACGUCAAGUGGGAACUCCUUUCUGGAGCAUUCUGUAAAUAUAUACUAAUUAAAAACUUUUUUUUGUGGUUAUUUUGGAGAUAAUGCAGUUGUCCGGAUGCAGAGAGGUGCUUUAGAUAAUCUUUUGAUUAUUAGUUUUAUUGGAAUAUUGUAAAUAUAUUUUUUUGCUUUCUUUAUUUAAGAAAUUAUGGCUUCUUUUGCAUCGGAAACUGGAAAGAUGAGGAACAUUGCAAAUAAAGGACUUACUAAGUUGCA